GUCAAGUUUGGUCAAGUUGGACUUGGACCAAAUACAACAACAAAAAACAACAACCAUUUCAGAAGUAGCAAAUUGUAUUAUCGUCAAUAAAUUAUUGUCUAUUUUCAUUGUUACAAUUGUUUUCAUACUUUUAAAUUAGUUUGUGAUUGAAAAAAGAAAUGGAAGAAGAUAUAUUCAAUUUCGUGCAAAAACAGAAUAAAUUGUUAUAUUUAGAACAAGAAGAAAGUUUCAGUAAGAACUUUAAGGAUCUCUCGCCGGUACUUAUUCACAAUUUAGAAAAAAAAGGUCAAGCAUUAACUAAAUUAAAAGUGACAAAUAUAGCACAUUGUGGUCCUGGAAAAAUUCAAAUUGACUUUGAGGUGUCCGAUCAAUUAUUAUUAGAAACAAAUUUAUCUCAAGGAGAUUUGGUGAUUUGCAUUCAAGGAAGGAAAGACAGUAAAUAUGCCAGAGGAAUUAUUAUUAACGUCUCUAAUACUACUUUGAGUAUUUCUUCAAAUGAUAAUAGUUUUGAGGUCCAAGAAGAGGAUUUAGUUACAGUUUUGAAAACAGAUUCAGAUUUUACUUACAUUUGUCAAAAAAAUGCUCUGAACAACUUGGUGAAGAGAAGUGAUUCAAUUAUAAGGAGAAUAUUAUUCGAUCAAGAUGCAAAUACCGUUCAACCACUACUGACUGCAGAGUUGCCAAUUGUGGAAAAAUGUCUAAAUGCAGAGAAAGAACUCAAGUUUGAAAACACAUUUUUAGCGAAUGAUCAGAAAGCUGCUGUUGAAUUUGCAUUGAGAAGAAAAUAUCUAGCUAUUAUUCAGGGACCCCCUGGUACUGGAAAAACUACCACUUUAGUUGAAUUAAUCAUUCAACUAUGUCGUCACGGCAAAAAAAUUCUAGUUUGCGCUCCAACAAACGUUGCUGUGGAUAAUAUAGCAAUUAAGCUUGGCGAAACGGAAGCGAAACCAUUGAGAUUGGGUCAUUUUACAAGAAUAAUGAAUGCUGCUCAAAAAUAUUCUAUUGAUAAUUACAUACAAAACGAUGAUUCUUAUGCAGUAUUGCAGGAUGUUAAACGAUCUAUAAAAGCUCUAGAAGCAAAUUCUUAUAAAGAUUAUAAAGAAAUUAGAAAUUUAAAUAAGGAAUAUAGGAAAAGAUUUAGUAAAUUGAAUAAUGAUACUCUUAAAAAAUUCCAGGUAAUUCUUUCUACUUUAAACUCAUCGUCAAGCAAAGGUUACUUACAGCAUCUUGAAGAAGAUUACUUUGACGUUUUAAUUGUUGACGAAGCUUCUCAAGCUUUAGAGGCAUCAAUGUGGAUAGCAAUUCCAAAUGCGUCAAAACUCGUGAUUGCUGGAGAUAUCAAUCAAUUGCCACCCACUGUUUUGAGUCAAGAGGCAAUAAAUCAAGGAUUAAAUAAAAGCCUUAUGGAGAGAGCGAUUGGAAAAUUAGGAAAAGACUCUUUUAAAACACUCACAAGACAAUAUAGAAUGAACGAAAAAAUUAUGUUGUGGUCCAGCAAACGAUUUUAUGAUAACACUUUACAAGCUGAUGACACAGUAAAAUAUCACUUGUUAAAAGAUCUCCCUGGAAUUAAAGAAAAUUGUUUGACGAUGGAAUCUCUCGUAUUUGUCGACACAUGUGGUUGUGACUGCGAAGAGUAUCAAACUGUCAAAGGAGUUGGAUCGAAAGGAAAUAUUCGAGAAGCUGUUGUUGUAAAUAAAAUUAUUUCUUCAUUAAUUCAAUCAGGAUUAACGGAGAAAAGUAUUGGAAUUAUAACACCCUAUGCACUACAGGUCGAUUUAAUUCGAAAAUCGUUUGACUCGAUAAAUGUAGAGGUGAAUACAGUCGAUGGUUUUCAAGGGAGAGAAAAAGAAGUAAUCAUUCUUUCUUUAGUAAGAUCAAAUCUAGAAAAAGAACUUGGUUUCCUAACUGAUUUUCGAAGAUUAAACGUAGCUGUCACGAGAGCAAGGCGACUACUCGUAGUGAUUGGAGACAGUGAAACUGUUGAAAAAAAUGAAAUGUUAGCUAGUUUAUUGACACAUAUUGGAGAGAAUGGUUUACUGAAAACUGCUGAAGAAUAUUUAGCAGUCUACGAUGAUUUUGAAUUGAAAGUUGAGCAAACCGCUGAGAAACAUAAAAAAAAUAAAUCGGCAACAGUUCUCGUUAAACAAAAAGAAGAAAAUAAAUUACAAGAAAAUUUAAAAAUUAUCACCAAAGCAAAAGAUAUUAAAAAUGUUGUUAAAUUGAACGAUAAGGGCAUCGAUUUAUCGAGUUGUGAAAAUAGAAAAAAAUAUAACAUUUUUGAUACUAUCAUCAAUUCUGAAGAAAAAGAAGAAGAAGGAGAAGAGAAAGAACAAGAAGAGAAAGAAGAAGAAAACGAAGAUAAAGACGAAGGAAAAACUAAUCAGAGAGAAGUAAAGGAAUCUAGAGUGAAAAAGAAGAAAAACAGAACAAAAGCAGAAACAAAAUGCACAGAUGAAACUGAAGAUUUUAAUGCAAUUAUUGAGGAACUUAGUAAAACAAAUUAUUCUUGUGCAUUUAAUAAUUGUAAAUCAUCGACAAAACUCAUUUAUUCAAAUUGUGAAUUUUGUAAAAAUCGAUUUUGUUUGCAACAUGGAAUGCAGGAGAUUCACGGAUGUGAAGAAGCAGUACGUCGUAAGGAAAGAAAAGAAUUCCGACAAAGAAUGCCUGUACCUGCAAAGAAGAAAGAUAAAGAUAGAUUUGCUCAGAAAUUAAAAAAGUUUGAAGACGCUAGAAAACCUAAGCCUACAAAAGAAGAAUUAAAAAAAUCUAAGAAGAAGUAAUUAAAGAAUACAUUCAUUUCCUUUAAUUUUAAUACAAUUUAUUGUUGAUGAUAAUAAUAAUAAUCCUUAGAAAAAUUUUCUGUUUGAAACAUAUUUUGAAAGAAUUAAGAAUUGAUGGAGGAUAGAAAAUAGUUCAUUUCCAAGAAGAGGAGUCCUUAUAGUUUUAAUAUUGAGAAAAAAAUGUACAAUAUUAACAGAUGUAAAUAUAUUUAUUAAUUGUUUUUUUCAAAUUUAUCAACUAAACAUUUAUUCAUUGUAUAAAGGUGUAACUGGAUGAUUACAUGAAUCUGUGGAAAAUUAAAAAUUUGAAACUUA